AUGCAGGUCAUCUCGCCCGAGCCUCUGCCCGAGUGCGUCACUCCCUCUCCGCCACCGCGGCCACUGCCAACCGGAGCCACCGACCCGGCCGCCACCACGCACGCCAUCACGAUGCGAGGAGCGCUCUAUUCGUGGGCCAUCCUGGCCGGCAUAAAGACCGUGGAGAACCGUCCCUUCCGCCUCUCUCCCGGUUGGUAUGGGCUCCACACCGGCCUCGGAUCACUCAACGCCGAGACGCGGAAAAGGCUGGAGGCCCGCCUGGCGCGGCUCCCUCCCGCGGCCGAUCUGCCGCCGGCCGGCGCCAUCGCCGGCCUCAUCCGCGUCGACGGCGUGGCCAGCGCUGAGGGGUGCGCCGGGACGGCCGCCGAGCCGUGGGCGACGGGCCCGGUGCGGCAUGCCCCGCCGCAAAGGGCGCGCGGAGGCGGCUAG